CUCUCUCGCUGUGUCCGGGCCCGGUGGCGUGUGCCUGCUGUGUUUACUGUUCACCUUCUGCCCAGAGUCAGAGCCCCCGAGCUGCUACAACCGGAGCCACCAUGUCCAAACCGCUGUCCGACCACGAUAGAAAGAAACAGAUUUCCGUGCGAGGACUCGCCGGCGUCGAAAACAUUUCGGCGUUGAAGCAAGAUUUCAACAGGCAUCUCCACUUCACGCUGGUCAAGGACAGAAAUGUGGCCACCAGGAGGGAUUACUACUUCGCCCUGGCCCACACUGUGCGGGAGCACUUGAUUGGCAGGUGGAUCCGAACUCAGCAGCACUACUAUGAGAAAGACCCCAAACGAGUGUACUACAUCUCCCUUGAGUUCUACAUGGGCCGCACCCUCCAAAACACCAUGGUGAACCUCGCGUUGGAGAACGCCUGUGAUGAGGCCAUGUACCAGUUGGGUCUGGACAUGGAGGAGCUGGAAGACAUGGAGGAGGACGCUGGUCUGGGAAAUGGUGGCCUGGGACGUCUUGCUGCCUGCUUCCUGGACUCCAUGGCUUCCCUAGGUCUGGCUGGCUAUGGUUACGGCAUUCGCUAUGAAUUUGGUAUCUUCAAUCAAAAAAUUGUCGACGGCUGGCAGGUGGAGGAGGCUGAUGAUUGGCUGCGCUAUGGCAACCCCUGGGAGAAAGCGCGCCCCGAGUACAUGCGUCCUGUGCGCUUCUACGGCAGGACCGAGCAUCACUCCGAUGGCGUUAAAUGGGUUGACACUCAGGUGGUGCUGGCGUUGCCUUAUGACACCCCCAUCCCCGGCUACAGAAACAACGUUGUCAACACCAUGAGGCUGUGGUCAGCGAAGGCUCCGUGCGACUUUAACCUUAAAGACUUCAAUGUUGGCGGCUACAUUCAGGCCGUUCUGGACAGAAACCUGGCCGAGAACAUCUCCCGCGUGCUGUAUCCCAACGACAACUUCUUUGAAGGGAAGGAGCUCCGUUUGAAGCAGGAAUACUUCGUGGUGUCUGCCACCCUGCAAGACAUCAUCCGUCGUUUCAAGGUCUCCAAGUUUGGCUCCAGGGAAAUUGCUCGCACGGACUUCAGCAAACUGCCUGACAAGGUCGCCAUCCAGCUGAACGACACCCACCCGGCCAUGGCCAUUCCCGAGCUGAUGAGGGUCCUGGUUGAUGAGGAGAAACUCGAUUGGGACACGGCUUGGGACAUCUGCGUGCGCACCUGCGCCUACACCAACCACACCGUCCUCCCAGAAGCUCUGGAGCGCUGGCCGGUGGACCUGUUCGCUCAUCUGCUGCCUCGCCACCUGGAAAUCGUCUAUGAGAUCAACCGCCGCCAUCUGGAGAAAGUUGCGGCCCGGUACCCCGGUGAUAAUGAGCGCCUCGGCCGCAUGUCCCUCAUUGAGGAAUGUGGCCAGAAGAGGAUCAACAUGGCCCAUUUGUGCAUUGUGGGAUCCCAUGCAGUCAACGGAGUGGCACGUAUACACUCCGACAUCCUCAAAGCUACUGUUUUCAAGGACUUCUAUGAAAUGGAGCCGCAUAAGUUCCAAAACAAGACCAACGGCAUCACUCCUCGCCGCUGGCUGGUCAUGUGCAACCCGGGGCUGGCUGAGGUCAUCGCCGAGAGAAUUGGCGAGGACUUCAUUCGUGACCUCGACCAGCUGCAGCGUCUCCGCGAGUUUGUGAACGACGAGGCUUUCAUUCGCGAUGUCGCCAAAGUGAAGCAGGAAAACAAGUUGAAGUUUGCUGUUCACCUGGAGGAGCACUACAAGGUGAAGAUCAACCCCAACUCCAUGUUCGACCUUCAAGUCAAGAGGAUCCACGAGUACAAGCGACAGCUGCUCAACUGUCUGCACAUCAUCACCUACUACAACCGCAUAAAGAAGGAGCCCAACAAGCAGUGGACUCCAAGAACUGUCAUGAUUGGAGGAAAGGCCGCUCCUGGCUACCACACGGCCAAGAUGAUAAUCCGUCUGAUCACAGCCAUUGGCGAGGUGGUCAACAACGAUCCUGUGGUCGGAGAUCGUCUUAAGGUCAUCUUUCUGGAGAACUACAGAGUGACACUGGCAGAGAGAGUCAUCCCCGCAUCCGACCUGUCAGAGCAGAUUUCCACAGCUGGCACUGAGGCCUCUGGCACCGGCAACAUGAAGUUCAUGUUGAACGGCGCUCUGACCAUCGGCACCAUGGACGGAGCGAACGUCGAGAUGGCCGAGGAGGCCGGCGACGGCAACCUCUUCAUCUUCGGCAUGUUGGUUGAUGACGUCGAGGCGCUUGAUAAGAAAGG